AUGGACGGCACCAAGUUGAAACAAAUACAACGUUUGAGAGAAUUUCUGUUCAAACUGUUCGUCUGUCCAAGCACUACCUACAAACAGUUCGAUAUUUUACGUAGGCUAUUCAAUUCAGUCAAUAACAAUCCAUCACAUACAAUUUUUACUGAAGGCAAAUUUGAUGACGUUUUUGUCUGGUUGAAAACUCUUGACGAUAAUAGCAAAAUAUGGCACGAAUUAGAAGAACUGUCGGAACCUCCUCAAUCUAAUGUCAUAAUCGAUCCUGGCUCGAAACCCAGCACAUUGGAAUCUCCGCAAACAUUGCAGCCUUCUCGUAGAGGGAAGAGGAAUUCUCGUAAGAAAAUUACUCGUAAGCCGUACAGUAGACCAAAGAAACAAUCGUCAGAUUCAAAUGCUGCCUUGUCUUCUUAUGGAAAAGACUUACCAGAAGAAGUUAAACAUCUUUUUCAAGUUUUUCCUUUGGAAAAGAAUAACGGUGAUGGAAAUACACAUGCUCCACCAAUGUCAAUUGGUACGCGCGCAAGUACAACUGAAACCGAAGGGCUCCCUAUUCCAAAUACAACGUCAACAACUAGCGAUAACUUUGCUUCAACGACCAUUUCCGGACUUCCAGUUUGCGAGCCACCAAGAAGACUGAGUGCGCAUACACCAGAGAGAGCGUCGACAACUAGCAGUAACUGUACUAUUGUCGGACUUCCAUUAGAUGGGUCUGCAUCAAGCAUGCUUACAUUUGGCGGUGAAUGUACGUCGAAUGUCAUCAACCAUUACUGCGAGUCGCCGAGAAGUAUGAGCUUCAGUAGCGAGGAGCCAAUAACGUCAAAUGUUCAAUCAUCGAAUGGUUUUUACGCACAACGUUGCUCGGAUUUCGUCCCGAAUGGUUCAUCCGAGUGGUAA